GUUUUAUGCUGUAACGCUCAAUCUUAGUACUUUUUUAUCCUGUGGCAAUCGAAGACCGUGACAGAAAUUUACAACAAUUCAUGUAUCCUUGCUAAAUCAAUUGAGCAAGACUACCUUGACCUCAAUCUUAGUACUCAAUGAGGUUCGUUCAUUUUCUGAUGAAUAUCAUAAUUUAUACACUGUUUGACACUUUUCUCUUAGUUUUCGAAGCAGCAGGAACAUCGUCAUUCAUAGCACAAUACCAGUCCCUCAGUUAUGGGAAGAGCAUAGUUUCUUCCCCACGUGGAACCUAUGAGCUUUGUUUCUUUAACCUUGGAAAUCCAAACAAAAUCUACCUUGGGAUUCGGUACAAGAAUAUUCCAACUCAAAACGUUGUUUGGGUUGCAAACGGUGGCAACCCAAUCAAUGAUUCCUCUACCAUCUUGGAACUAAAUAGUUCUGGCAACUUGGUCCUUACACACAACAACAUGGUUGUUUGGUCCACAAGUUAUCGAAAAGCAGCACAGAAUCCCGUGGCGGAGCUCUUGGAUUCUGGCAACCUUGUGAUAAGAGAGAAAAAUGAAGCAAAACCAGAAGAGGAAGAAUAUCUAUGGCAAAGUUUUGACUACCCUUCUAACACAAUGUUGGCAGGAAUGAAGGUUGGAUGGGACCUCAAAAGAAAUUUUAGUAUUCGCCUCGUAGCUUGGAAGAGUUUUGAUGAUCCAACACCAGGAGACUUAUCUUGGGGUGUUACUCUGCACCCCUAUCCUGAGUUCUAUAUGAUGAAAGGAACCAAAAAGUAUCACAGACUUGGACCGUGGAAUGGUUUGCGUUUUAGUGGCAGACCGGAAAUGGCAGGUAGUGAUCCCAUUUACCAUUUUGAUUUUGUCUCCAACAAGGAAGAGGUUUAUUACACCUGGACCCUCAAGCAGACUAAUUUGUUAUCGAAAUUGGUACUUAACCAAACCACACAAGAACGUCCUCGUUAUGUAUGGUCAGAGACUGAAAAAGCAUGGAUGUUUUAUACAACGAUGCCGGAAGACUACUGUGACCAUUAUGGGGUUUGUGGAGCUAAUUCAUAUUGCAGCACUUCUGCAUAUCCAAUGUGUGAGUGUUUAAAAGGGUUCAAGCCUAAGUCCCCGGAAAAAUGGAACUCAAUGGGCUGGACCGAAGGAUGUGUCCUCAAACAUCCAUUGAGUUGCAUGAAUGAUGGGUUUUUCCUCGUGGAAGGCUUGAAAGUGCCGGAUACUAAACAUACUUUUGUGGAUGAGAGUAUUGAUCUAGAGCAAUGCAAAACCAAGUGCUUGAAUGAUUGUUCUUGCAUGGCAUAUACCAAUUCUAAUAUAAGUGGAGCAGGCAGUGGCUGUGUCAUGUGGUUUGGUGAUUUAAUUGACAUCAAAUUGUAUCCUGUUCCAGAAAAAGGGCAGGAUCUAUAUAUAAGGUUGCCUUCUUCAGAAUUAGAGUCUAUCAGGGACAAGAAGGACUCAAAAAUAAUAAUAAUUGCAACCUCCAUCGGUGCCACUUUAGGAGUUAUACUUGCUAUUUAUUUCGUCUACAGAAGGAACAUUGCUGAGAUGUCAAAUGCAGAAAAUAACCAUGAAGAGCCUCUGCCACAACAUGGACAUAACCGAUGGAACAUUGCUGAUAAGUCAAAGACAAAAGAGAACAUUAAAAGGCAGCUAAAAGAUCUGGAUGUGCCAUUGUUUGAUCUGCUAACAAUUACUACGGCCACUAACAAUUUCUCGUCGAAUAAUAAGAUUGGACAAGGUGGUUUUGGACCUGUAUAUAAGGGAAAACUUGUGGAUGGGAGAGACAUUGCCGUCAAGAGACUCUCAAGUGGGUCUGGACAAGGAAUAGUGGAGUUCAUAACAGAAGUAAAACUGAUUGCGAAGCUUCAACACCGAAAUCUUGUAAAGCUCCUCGGCUGUAGCUUUCCAAAACAAGAAAAAUUACUGUUAUAUGAAUACAUGGUUAAUGGAAGCCUAGACUCCUUCAUUUUUGAUCAACAAAAAGGUAAAUUGUUGGAUUGGCCUCAACGCUUCCACAUAAUUUUUGGAAUUGCUAGGGGACUUUUGUAUCUUCAUGAAGAUUCCCGAUUAAGGAUUAUUCAUAGAGAUCUCAAAGCAAGUAACGUUUUACUUGAUGAGAAGUUAAAUCCAAAAAUAUCAGAUUUUGGAAUGGCUAGAGCUUUUGGAGGAGACCAAACUGAAGGAAACACAAAUAGAGUAGUUGGGACUUACGGAUACAUGGCUCCAGAAUAUGCUGUUGAUGGGCUAUUUUCAAUCAAAUCGGAUGUUUUCAGUUUUGGUAUUUUAUUGUUAGAGAUUAUAUGUGGGAACAAAAAUAGAUCUCUUUGUCAUGGAAACCAGACUCUUAACCUUGUUGGCUAUGCAUGGACUCUUUGGAAAGAGCAAAAUACUUCACAGUUGAUUGACUCAAACAUAAAGGACUCAUGUGUCAUCCCAGAAGUAUUACGAUGCAUCCAUGUCAGUCUCUUGUGUGUGCAACAAUACCCAGAGGAUAGGCCAACCAUGACCUCAGUAAUUCAAAUGUUAGGGAGUGAAAUGGAACUGGUUGAGCCAAAAGAGCCUGGUUUCUUUCCAAGGAGGAUUUCGGAUGAAAGAAAUUUAAGCUCAAAUCUAAACCAAACGAUUUCAAAUGAUGAAAUAACCAUUACCACAUUAAAAGGCCGCUGAAAUUUAGUUUCAGGUGAACAUAUUGCAUAGGUGCAGAUUAUGCAUUGCAAGUACAUUCAAGACCAAAGGAUUUUUUUGGUCAAAACUUGUUCCGUUGUUCUGAUGCGUUUGUGCAGUUAUGUAUAAAAAUUUAGUCACAUAAUUUUUAAAA